AUGGCUCCAGAUCCAGAACCGCAAGUGCGCAAGCGCGGUAGGCCUGCAAACGCGUCCAAACAAGCCCCCAGCGCGUCGCAAGAUCUACCAGACGAGUACGAAGCCGAUGUCGAAGAAGCUGCACGUCCGAAACAACGAGGACGACCGAAGAAAACAGCGCAGGAAGAUGCGCCCGAGGAAGAAGUAGCGCAGGCGGAGAAACCCAAAAAGAAGCGUGGUCGACCCUCACUGGAAGAUAGGAAUGCGCAGAAGUCGACAGAAAAUGCAGCGCAACCAAAACGAAAACGCGGUCGCCCUUCGCUAGAGAAGAAUCAGGAUGAACAAGAAGCUGAGCCAGAAACGGUAGAGGAGACAGCCCAACCAAAGAGGAAGCGCGGACGCCCAUCUCUCGAGCAGGGUCAGAAUGAGGAGCCUGAACAGGGAACAGGAGAUGCUGGAAAGCAAAAACGAAAGAAGAAGUCGAAGGAGACACAGAUUGAAGAGCCGGAAGAGCAGCUAGAGGAGGAGCCCAGACCACGAAAAAAGGGUCGCAAAGCAGCUCAACAACCUGAGCCAGAGCCAGAUGAACAAGAGGCAGAACUAGAACCAGCACCAGCAACCCGAAAGAGACAGCGUCGCGGAGCGAAAGAGCCCGAGCCCGAACCUGAGCGUGAAGAAGAGGAGCAACGACGACGAAGUCCACGAAUUUCCUUGCGUGAUCUCGGCGAAGAUGCCAACAACAAGGGCAGCAAGGCUGAAAGGUCUAAAAAGAAGAAGGACCGUGUAGCACAGGAGAACGCAGAAGAUCAACAACCCGAAGAAGCUCCCAAGAAGCGUGGCCGCCCAAAAGGGGGAAGACCAUCAACUGAGAACGCGGAUGAACCACAAGAAGAGCCACAAGAGACGAACAAGAAGAAAAGUCGCGGCAAAGAGAAACAGGAUGCACCAUCCGACUCAGACGAAUCUCUCGCCUCUCCGCCAAAGCCAUACAUCCACAUUGCUCCCUUCAAACGCACAAUCCGCUCCUCCAAAGUCGCUGCAGACUGGACCGGUCUAUCGGGAGCAUCACUUCCCACUACUAAAUCCAUCCUCAAACUCGCCCAGCAACCUAUCCUGCAACGCAUGGCCCCAACGAACAACCGACGCACCCACGCCUCUGCAGCAUUGCAUCUCGUCUACCGCCGCAUGGAACGUAAACUCGCCCGUGGCCUGCCCUUCCCCCCUGGGAAUCCAUCAUCAAAGACUACAAAACGGCGCCUAGAUGCUGAUGGGGGUCGUGCGCUGGAGCUUGAUUUUGAGGCGGUGCUCGAUGGGAAAGCGGCGUUGGAGAGACAGCUUGUGCCCGGGAUGCAUGCCGUUGAGCUGUUGAAGAUGGAGAAGGAGAGGAUGGAAAGAGAGCUUGAGAGGGACUAUGAAGAGCUGAGAAAAUUAGAGGCAAAUGCGAGGGCGCAGACGAGAGAGCGGAAGGAAUUGUUCCGAAAAGCUCAUGUUUUGGCACCGACAUCAAGACCAGCCAGCAAGGAUCAUGACACAACUUUUCUUACUGACACCAAAGAUGAGGGAAGCCUCAAGGACAUUAUCAAUACACCUCUUGAGCCUAUAGCCCUGCAACUAGCAGACCACGUCGAAAGCAUCCGUGGUAACCUUCAGCAAGCUGAUGGGCUCACACCACAACUGAGUCGGACAAAAGCUGCUUUACAGGAUGUGCUACAGAGGUACCUAGAUGAAGGAACCUAUGAGCAGGUUGUCCUUGGAUAA